AUGAUGCUGCCGCUGGCCUCAUCCCCCGAACUUGGGCUCGACAAGGGCAAAACUUGCCUUGGUGUCACCGCCGCACCCUGCACGAUGAUGCAAAAGAUUCAGACACACCUAGUCAGGGUGUACCGGCUGAUAGACAUCUCAUCGAAGCUGAGCUUUGUCAAUCUCAUCGUGGACCGAGGGCCAUCAUUCCAAUUCAAGUCCUCGUGGGAAGAGAAGGACUCGCCAAAGCAUCAACUACACAAGGCUCUAAAACAGGUCCCAGCAUGGAGCUCUGUCAGCCUGACUGGUGUUAUCAGCGAUAUGAAGAGAGUCGAAAGGGAAUUCGGCCACGAAUUCCCCGAGAAUAUCGGCCAUUACGAGCUGACUCUGCAACAUGUUCACCUACUUAGCCCUUUUCCUCGGGACAUCAUCAUAUCCGAAGGCGCUCAAUUCCCACCACACGCUCGGCACCUACAGUUAAGAUUCGACGAGGCCCUCAAAACAAGGCUCGCGUUCCGCGAUUCCGUCACGGAAAUCGCCCAAAGAUACCUCACGAAACGAGGUUUCCUCCAGGUGGAGACUCCGAUCCUCUUCAAAUCUACACCGGAAGGUGCAAGAGAAUUUCUGGUCCCUACAAGACGACCUGGUUAUGCCUAUGCACUACCCCAAAGUCCACAACAGUACAAGCAGGUUCUCAUGGCGGCAGGUGUCAGAGAUAAACCAGACCUGAGGAUACCGAAUAAGAUCCAACAGAUCGAUCACAUACUGCCACAGAGCUUCACGUCCAUGAUCUCAGACCUUGAGAACCCUAUCGUCGAAGCUUGCGUGUUCCGCUUCGACGGCCCCUCCAAGGACUUCAUCAAAUCCGUUUGGGACAACCUCCCCAAGCCUCUGCGCCAGAAUCCUGACGGCCAGCCUGUUCCCCUCGUCAUCGAUUCCAGCAAGCCUCUCUCUGGCCUGUCCCCAUUAGGCCAUGAGGCAGCUUCGGCCGUUCUGGACGCCAGCAGCUCAGAUCUCCCCCACAUUUCCGGCCUCGAGCAAGGAGACGUACUUGUCAUCCAAGCCCGACCCAACAAGCCCUUCGAAGGCGGCUCCACCGCCCUCGGCGACCUUCGAAGGCACAUCUACGCCGAGGCAGUCGCGCAGGAGCUCCUCCCGCCAGACAAUUCCUUCAAGUUCCUCUGGGUGACAGGUUUCCCGCUCUUCACGCCCAACACCGACUCGUCGGACCCGGCAGAAGGCCAGCACGGCGCCAGCGGCUUCUCAGCCACGCACCACCCCUUCACGGCGCCGCUGAACCCCGAGGACUUUGACCUUCUGGCAACUGACCCGCUGAAGGUCAAGGCGGAUCACUACGACCUCGUCGUCAACGGGGUGGAGCUCGGCGGUGGCUCGCGCCGUAUCCACAUCGCCGCGCUGCAGGAGUACAUCUUCCGGGACGUCCUCAAGAUGAGCGACGAGGGCAUCAGCCACUUUAGCCACCUGCUGGAGGCGCUGAGGGCGGGGUGCCCGCCGCACGCCGGCUUCGCGUUCGGAUGGGACAGGUUCAUCGCCACGCUGAGCUUUACGGGGAGCGUGAGGGAUGUGAUCGCCUUCCCUAAGAGCAAGAAGGGGGAUGAGCCUGUUGCGAGGGCGCCUGGUAAGGUCACGGAGGAAGAGUGGAGGACAUACCAUCUCAAGUUUGAAAAGGAGGACUGA